GAAUAACGACCGACGUGUUCUCUUUUUAAUGCACUGGAAAGGCAUUAGUAAUCAAUCAAGAAUAAAUAGAAUCGAGAACCUUGUCUAGAUUUUAGAUGUUCUAUCAACAAACUAUCAAGAUUCAUACUGAACGGUUUUGUUACCCUGGCGAACGAAAUAGAUCUAGAAUCUAGAUCUAGAUCUAUAGAGCUUGACCAAGUACCUCCACGGGUGCAACUAAAUAUUGGAAACUAGGAAUUGUCUUCGUCAAUGUUGUCCUGGCCUAGAUCUAGAGCUCUUACGCUUGGUCUUGGUCAAGGCUUAGAUUUUCUAGAUCUAGCCUAGCCUCUGUAGCCUUCUUUUGGAGUGGAAUAUGCGAUGGCGCAAGGCAAGGAUUCAAAGAUUCAACAAGAUGUGAAACCCACUGCAAAUACAGACAAGAAAAAAGAGAAAGACCAUACCCCUUCAAAGGUUGUCAUUCGCCGACUACCACCCUCCUUGACACCCGAGGACUUCCUGAACCAUGUGUCGCCUCUACCAGACUAUGACUUCUUUUACUUUGUCAGAGCGGACAUGAGCCUUGGUAGUAAUGCGUUCACAAGGGCGUACAUUAAUUUCCUGACACCUGACGAUAUUUUCAUCUUCCGAGACAAGUUUGAUGGAUACGUUUUUCUUGACUCGAAAGGUGGCGAGUUCCCUGCUGUGGUGGAGUUUGCUCCCUUUCAGAAAGUUCCCAAAAAGAAACAGAAGAAAGUGGAUCUGAAGAAUGGCAUAAUUGAGCAAGAUGGUGACUACAAAAAAUUUGUGGAGAGUUUGGCUCAGCCCGUGGAGAACGCCGCAGUGUCAUUGGAUGCUAUGGUGGUGGAGGUGGAGACUCGGGAAGCUAUGGCAGGCAAAAAUGGAGGAGCAAAACAUACCACACCAUUGCUGGAUUUCUUGAAGAAACGAAGAGAAGAAAGAAAGUACAACAUAGCUAAACUUAAAGAAGAGCGUCGUCGCGGAAGUGCCCGUGACCGGGAGGCGGACAGGAAGAGGUCAUCCAAAGAUGAGUCUGAGAAGAGGAGGGCGGAGAAGGAGAGGCUGCGUGAUCGGGAUCGCGAUAGGGACCGUGACCGUGAUCGAGACCGCCGUCGGGAUCGCAACAAAGACCGACUGAGGGAUAGGGACAAGGAUAGGAAGAGAGAGCGAGACCCUCCCAAGUCAGACAAGUACAAGGAGGACAGGAAUGGAGAGAAGAAGUCCUCGAAAGAAGGGGAAGGAGCUGCUAGGCAGCCUGUAGUGCUAUUGAAAAACACUGACAGAGAGACGCAAAAGGGAGAAAAAGAGGGAGAAGUGGAAAGUAAAACGGAAGGAGGGAAGAAAAUUGCUGAAAGGGAAAAAGAGGGUAGACCAGGCCGCGUAGAGUCGGGAAGAGAGGUAAGAGAAUGGAAGAAUGAGGAGAAUAGAGGGAAGAGGCCUGGGGAUAAGUGGUCAGACGACAGGAGACGAGAUGGAGAGAAGGACAGACCGAGGUCUGUGAAGGAUAAAGAGAGGGGUAAUGAGGAGAGAGACAGAGGAAAAGGAAGGAAGGAUUGGGGUGAUCAUGGAGGCCGUGGGUAUCGGGAUGAGGAGGAUAGAAAGAGGCAGGACAGAGACCGAACGAGGUUCAGGGAAGAUAGAGGAGAGAGAGGUGGGAGUGACAGAUAUCACGAGAAAGAAAGAGGAGGAGGCAACCUUGGUAAUAAAGAUAAAGGGGACCGUGGAGGUUAUGGGGCUAGGGAGAAAUACAGGGACGAAAGAGGGGGAGGAGGAGGGAGGAACAGGGAUGAUCGUAAAGGUGGAGGGGAUGGUUGGAAGAAGAAGGACGUGGAGACCGACAGGAGAAAGUACGAAAAAGAGCGACCUGCAGAAAAAGGGAGGCCAGAAUCUGGCAGGCAGCAGCGAGGUGGCAAGGAUGAUGGGAGACUGGAUAACAAGAAGGAAAGGGAGGCCGGCUCGUCAAGUGGAAAGGACACAGGUGCCAAAGAUGUCCCAAGAGAAGAAAAGGAUAGACAGAAGGAUUCGGAGAGAUCGUUUAGAGGCCCCUCUAGCACUGGAGAGGGCAAAAGCAGCAGGGUCAAAGGUGAGGUGGACAGCCAAUCAGAGAAAGGAGGAGGAACCCCAGACACCCCCCCUGUAGCUAGGCAUGGAAAGGAGGAAGGAGGAAGAGGAGGUGGGGACACACAAGGAGGAGACAGUGGGGCAGAGGUCGAGGACAGAAAGAGGAAGAGGAAGGAACGCCCAGAGAGGCAGAUCUACAUCCCACGCAAAGCCCUGGAGAGACAAAAGCAAGGCUCACCACAAGUGGCAGAUACGCCAAAGGAUAAAGCAUCUGGCAAUGGUAGCUGAAGGACGACCUUUGACUUACGUUAUAGUGAUCUCUGGAGUCUCUUUGUCUUUGCCUGGUGCAAGACACUGUCCACUUACGCUGAUCGAAGUGCCAACGAAAUGCAGUUGUUUGCCUGAAAUGUGUUCGGCAUUGCUCCUACUCUUACUGUCGAAGAAGAUUUGAAAUUCUGUGGAUUUUUGCUUCUUUUCAGGAUUUUUUUUACUCUUGUUGAAAAAAAACAUUGGUCAAUAAUGUUUUGCUCCACUCCAUGGUAAGACUUAAGUUGAACAGAAAAUUGUCUUGUGCCCAUUAUAUUCUAGGAAAGCUGUAUUCUAUAGGGACUUUGGACCUAGAAAAAAAACUCUUUAAGCUGAGCCUCAUCCGUAUUUUGAGCAUGUGCCCCCAAUGUUUUACUGCUCUGGCAAUUUUUUUUAAAGAUUGAUAUCUGGUCUGUCUCAGGACUAUGGUAGUAGUAUCUUCAGCUCGUUGGAAAAGGGAUCAUGGUUUGUGGAAGACGUAAAAGACAUCCACCAUUUACAAAAUCUUAAGUAGAUACUUUUCUUGGUCUGCCAUUUGCUGUAUGGAAGUGGAAGAAGAAAUAA